AUGCUCCGUCGAUCCGCUGGCCGGUACAUGAAACCGUUUUUGCACGCAUUCUCCCCUGGCGCGCGUGCGUCCGAGAAAGGAAUGCUGUACCGCAACAGCUAUAUGAACGCGCACGCUCAGGUCGCCUCGAUCCAGAGUACACACCGAACACGAAGAGAGCGGACAAUCUUCUUGUUUCUGCUUCUGCCCGAUCAAGUGUUUAUGACCAUCAUAGUCUUUGCCGUUGGCUGUAUGGCGGUGGGGGUUUUGUUCCGCCAACAGCCUUUCAGCACCAACUUAAACAAAGACCGCUGGCUUUCCGGUGGCAUGAACCCACAUGAGCAGUACGAGCGCAACGCCACCAUGUCGCAGAUCUUCGAGAUGCACAAGGAGGCUAUCGACAACACGCGCGCUGAGCUUACGCGGCCACAGGUCUUAAGCGCACCCAACGGCUAUCAUAGCCCCUCCGGCGUGUACGCCCCCUAA